AUGGUUCCUGCAAAUCUAGAAUUUUCUGGGAAGCUUGCCUGCGAGGCGAGCUUUACCACCCUCGCACCGUUACAAAAAGCCUCGGUGCAAAUUUGCCCAGAUGAUCUCAUCCCGGCCAACCAAGAGGCGUUGAAAUAUCAUUCAGCUGCUCGAUGUGGGAUAGAUCCCGUCUUCGAAUCGACAAGCUUGCCAGUGAUCGAGUUGAAAGGAAAACGAUUGUCAGAUCUUGAUGAUGAUGACCGUUGCGAGAGAGGUCGCCGCGGCCACUCCUUGCCACCUGUCCUCUCAGCUCUUCCCCAUGCUCUCCAUUAUGCAACGAUGAGAAAUUGCCCAAUGGCCCGGACUCGGUUUGUGCCGAUAUCGAUCAUCCAUCGAGUCUUGGUGAAAUCUGAUCAUCGCAACCUCCGCGGUUCCGAGCAACAUAGAUCAUCCGGCAGAGCGUUCAAGUCAACAACAACAACAACAAAGCUCCCUAUCCAAGCUUCUAACUCUGACCAGUUCCUGUUGAUUUCUCCGCCAGCUCCGCCGGGACCCUCCAUCCAGGUUACUAAUUUUGGAGCUCCUGGUGGAGAAAAAGGGGGAGACGACCAUAUUAUUAAUUCUUAUCUCGCCGUCCGGUGUCGCAGGACUGAGGACGCAAGGUUAAGCGCUGAGAUCCCAGCACCAAGCCUCAAUCACAAUAGCCUAAUCGGACUCCUGGAUCACCAGAGCAGCAGAGCUGUUCCAGCUAGCUCCCGGGUCGGGACUCCGGGGAAACUUCGAACUCAGACACUCGUUGUGAAGGUCUGGAACCCCCAGACGCUGGCACUUGGGAGUCGGACUAGCCGUCCAGAUUCAGCCGUCCAAGCGAGAAGCUGGGGAAUAGCCUAA